CCGAUCGUCAUUCCGCGUUACCGUCUACUUAGUGUUCACUUUGACUUUUUGUACUCUGCGAUUUUCAAACAUUAUUUUUUUUUUGUCGUACCUACCUACUCAAUUUUUACUCGAACGCCGCGCGCUCGGCGCAAAACGUGAUAAUUUUUAAUUUUAUUUCGGACUUUUUCUAACUAUUAUAUUAUUACACCUUCUCGUCAAACACGAUGGCGUCCGUUGCAAGUUUAUUAAUGCUGCUUGCCGUCGCCUUCCCGAUUAUACAUUCCAUUCCCAAUCACAGUGCACAAGAUACCUUUCCACAUGGAAAACCAACACAGGAAACACCAGCACAGGAAACACCAACACAGGAAACACCUGCACAGACUGAGAACUCGUAUCAAUUGUGUAUAAAUGAUGAAGCGGGUGUAAUACCCCAAACAUGCUGUCCACCGCUCGGAUCAUCGGACGACAGAUUCAAUGUAACAGUAUUGGGCAAUCCGUCUUCGACGAUAAUUGGAUCUGCCUAUAUGAAAAGAUACCAUCCAGAAUACCAACCCGCGUUCAAUUUGUGGCUUGCUGAUUUCGACACUGAAAUUGAAGAUAUAGAUAUUGAGAAUAUAACACAUGCUGUAUUUUAUUGUUUUUCAAAACGUCGAUUCAUAGAUGAGGAUAAAAAUAUUGAUGGCUGGUAUGUGACUCUAAAGGAACCAUUUGAAAAAUGGUUUGGCCGAAGUACCUUCUAUUGUGCUCUGUACUCAAUGAUCCAAGAAUACCCACCAACGAUCCAGAUGGUGAUUAGUGCGAACAAUUCGUGUGAUGGUCUAGCAGCGACAAUGGCGAAUAUUGAGCAGCAAAGAGUACCAGAAGGACUCCAACAUUUUGAAGAUGGAUCCAUAGCUCUUUUAUUAACUCAGGAUAUUCCAUAACCAAUUUCAGCAUGAGAUGACUGACCAGUUACGGACUGGCUCAUUCAAAGCAGCCCAAAAAUUAUUGUCUAACCUAAUACCUAAUUAUAACACUCAUGUUUAAAAUACCACAUAUUAUUUUCUCAGUUAAAUAUUCAAAAUAUAAAUAAUAACAGAUAGGUACAUAAUACGUAAGAAAUAUUUAAUUUAUUAGAUCAUAAGAAAUUAAUAAUUUAUGAAGUGCUUUUUAUGCUUCUUUGUGCAUUGGUCUAAACGAUCUAUAACUGUUUGGUACGGUAUGUCAUUUAAAAUACUUUUUUCUGUAGCCAUUAAGACAAAUGCUUCUAGGUUGUUCUGUUUCAUACUGUUCCUAUAAACGGUUUUUGCCCGAAAAAGAAAAUUGAAUAGCAUUCAUUUUUAUAAUAUAAAAAAACAAUUAAAAAUUCAAUAAAUUAAUUUAUGUUUAUUUCGUUAUUUAAAAGUGUUAUAUGUUUAUUACCUGCUUUAAUUUUGAGGAAGCUCGUUCACAGGAUACUUGUGUAAUGGACAAAGUUAGUAAUAUUUUACAAGCUUUAUAUAACAUGACAUAAGCUUUACUGUACAGUGUAUAUGUUAUGCUUUUAUAUUAAAGUAUAAAACUUAUUUAAUCAAUAACACCACAACAUUUAUGUACACCUAGCAUAGGAGAUUCGGGUUUUUUUUGUAUUAUUUCUAUAAAAUAUAAACUGUAUGUAACCAUAUUAUUUAUUAUUAAAUCAGUACAUAAAUAUCCUUACCCAGUAUUUAAAAAAAGAUCCGGAGGGGGGAUACGACAUCCAAAUCAAUCUUUAAUUACGCCACUGCAGUGUACGGUAUCAAAAUAUUAUUUUUCUUUCGACAUUUAUUUUUUAUUGUACAAACUAUAUAUGUGUAAAAUAAAUGUUAGUGUUUUCAAUCGAAUUAAAAAUACAUUGUUUUAUAAUGAAGGCACUUCGACAAAAUAUUUAUUAAAUUUAUAAAAUAUCAACAGCCAACAGGCUAGAAUGGUGGAUGAAUAUGAAACAUUGAUGAACAUUUAGUGGUGAUUAUCAUAAACUUUAGAAAAGUACAUUUUUUUUUUUUUAAUCAAUAUAAUUUCGAUAUCUAUAUUAUGGGCAACAGACGGUGGAGCCGUUUUCAACGUGAAAAAAAAAUCAAUGUGGAGAAUAUUUGAGGGAAGGUUUGAUAGUACUGAGAGCUUGAUUUAUUUGGAGCGGUUGAAUCCCCGAUACCUACUAAUUUUGCAUUACUAUAAUCUUCAAUAUUUACAUAAAUAAAAAAUAACUAAUAUAGUGUUUAUUUAAUAAGGUGCCUUAUUUAGAUAAUAUGCAAUGCCGUUGCCAUUGUGCUAGUUAUAAAUUAUACAUAAUUAGUGUGAUUGUAUACAGUUAACGUGCUAUUUAUGCAUUCGUAUGUUAUCGGUUUUUCCAGCUAAUAAAAAAAAGAU